GUCGACUUCCGAAUACUCUUCUGUUGUGUCAGACGACGAAGCUGUUUCGGAUGAUUAUGCGUCCUCUCGUCGACAAGGUACAACUACUGCGGUUGUGCAACAGACGAGCAGAACUAAGCUAGUCGCCAGCUCGAGUUCAACAUCUCGCAGUUCAACGGACCAGUCAGAGCAGGAUAGAGUUCAGCAGUCGUCUGACAGAUUGUCUAGCUCUUCCUCUGGCGCAGCGAGCUCCACUUCCGAAGAAGAAAUUAUCGAGCAGCAACUACCGAGUACCAGCUCCAAGACAAAAGCUGGGCACGACAGACGCGGAGCAGGAGACCACACCAGGGGCGAUAGAACGUACAAACAAGUUGUAGAACAGCAAUCCACUGCGGGUGGAGCGACUAGUAGUACAACAACGACACGGGCCGAUCGGGAGAGCAAGAGGAGUGCAGCUGCCCAGACGAUGAGAGACAAUGAUAAAGCAACUUCCGAGCAGCAGACGAACAUGAUAUCGAAAGAAAAGCUCACCCCACGGAAAACUGCUCGGUCGGAACAAGCUACGAGUUCGAAGAUCAAAGACUCCUCCGCGACAAAAUCUACAAGUGAGAAAAAACGGAAAAAUAAACCGGUCACGAAGGUAAAGUUCGCGCCGGAAGAAAGGACUGGUGCCGGAGCAUCUUCUUCAAGUAGAGCUGUAUGGGGUUCUCAAACGUUACAUUCUCAACUGUUACAUGAUUUGUCAUGCAAAAUGACCAUGAGCAUGACCCGCCAGACGAUCAAGCUCCUGCGCAUGACAAAUUCUGGGAGGGCUAAGCAGCGCUAUAAUCCGCACCAAACCUGUAAUGCAAGACGCGCAAGGUUCUCCCUCUCAUCUGUGCUAGUCUUGCAUUACAAGUUCAUGGAGCAGUUGAGAAUGUAACGUUUGAGAACGCCAUAAGCUGCAGGAGAUCGUCAACAGCUUGUUCAACAUCCAGGUAGCAGUUCCAGCGCGGCCUCGUCUAGUGACGUAUGCAUUGCAAAAGCAUCGUACUAGUAUAAAUUGCAUCACAAAUUUUUUCAAAAGGAACAAUUCAAUUUGUAAUGCUAAUUUAGCUAAGAGUCUAGAUUUGUCAUGCAUAGCUGCAAUUACUACGAGUGCGAUACUUUUGCACAGGAUAUGACGACGGUAACUACAAUAAUGAAGACAUCGCCCGAGUGCAGGUUCGCGAUGAGAACAACUUCGAAGACGAAGAGCCAGCGGGACAACUUCAAAACCGGAACAACCAACAAACCAACCAAAAUGCGAUUGUCCGGCAGCGUGCCCCGAGUUUAGAGAACGCGGAAGAUGAGGUAGUGGAGCAGAGUAUGAACUGCAAAAGUAUCGUACUCGUAUAAAUGCAUUACAAAUUUUCUCAGCAUGAAAAAUGAAAUUUGUAAUGCCGAUUUGCGUUGAAAAAGAAAUUUGUAAUGCAAGACCUGCAUUUACCCGAGUACGAUACUUUUGCACAGGAUACAGAGUCCGAAGGGACGAUUUUCCCGGUUUAACCGCAGACUCGGCGCGGGGUCGUAUAAACAGGUCUACCUCGGCUUUGACAACGACACCGGUCGGGAGGUGGCGUGGAAUGUCAUCCCCUUCAUGCGAAUGACGGAGACCGAAAAGAAGCGGAUUCAGGACGAGAUUAACAUCACGAAAUCGCUGGACCACCCGAGAAU